AUGAUGUGGUUGGGUGCAUGUGCUGAAGGUCUGACGGUUCCAGUGAUUAUGAAGGAUGGGACGAUGGAUGCAGAAAGAUAUAUCAGCGACGUUCUUCCCAUUGCUUUAAAAUCCAGUAAUAAAAUGUUAGAAAACAGCUGGACUUAUCAGCAAGAUGGUGCUACACCUCAUACACAUUAUUCAAGUCAAAAAUGGUGUGCUGAUCAUUUUCCACAUUUUAUUUCGAAGGAACGUUCGCCUCCAAAUUCACCUGAUUUAUGUCCACUGGAUUACAGCUUAUGGAAAGAAUUAGCUGAAUCAAUAGACUGGGAGCACGCAACGACAAAGGAAACAUUGAUAGGCGAAAUCAAACGUGCUGUGAAAAAAGUUGAAAAAGAAAAAAAUUUACAUUCUGUACUUGAUUUUACCGUACGAUUACGUUUAAUCCAAAAGAAUGGAGGAAACUAUGUUCGUUAA